AUGUGUAUUGUUGUAUUAUGCGAUUGUUUUACCGGAAUAUUUGCCGGAUUUACUGUAUUUUCUACUAUUGGAUUUUUGGCAAAAGAAUUAAAUACAUCUGUUUCAGAUUAUGCUAAAUCAUCCGGUCCUGGGCUCGCAUUUAUUACCUAUCCAGAAGCCAUCACAAAAAUGUCAGCAAGUCCAUUUUUUUCUAUUAUAUUUUUUCUCAUGUUAUUGGCACUUGGACUUGGCUCACAGUUUGCCUUAACCGAUGUUCCUGUCACAUCACUAUGUGAAUUGUAUCCAAGAUUGAAAAAUAAACGAUCAUAUGUUGCUAUUACCACAUGUGUUACAGCAUAUUUUGUCAGUUUACCAUUUACUUGUCCGGGUGGUUACUAUUGGUUUGAACUCAUACAAGAAUAUGCAGCUGCUUUAUCGAUGGUGGUUGUUGGCUUUUUUGAAGUUAUUUGUGUUUCUUAUAUUUAUGGUUUCAAUCGUUUUAUGAAUAAUGUUAAAAUGAUGCUAGGAAAACGUGUUGCAGAAUAUUAUUUAUUUUUAACAUGGAACGUAACUGCACCACUUCUCAUGCUAGUGGUAAUAAUAUCAAGUUUAAUACAAGCAAAACCACUGAAAAGUGAAAACUACCUUUUUCCAACGUGGAGUAUAGCCAUUGGUUGGAUUAUAUUUAUUCUUUGUAUUAUUCCCAUACCGAUUGCUUAUGUAGUGAAUUAUAUUAAAGAAUAUCAACAAUUAAGACGAGAAGAAAGCUCUGUAGCCAUUAGUCAUGGAACUGAUGAUCAUCUUAACUAUACUCAAAAUUAUGAAGAAAAACCACGUUAUUUACAAGCAUUUUUGCGCAACAAUGCGCCGGCUGACGAUUGGGGUCCAAAAAAAGAAUAUGAAUCAUAUCGGUCCUUAUCGACAUUUGAAUAA